GCAUGAGACGUAUUUUUUAGGCGGGAGCGAGCCUUUAGCAGCUUGGCGGUGGUGGUGUGCGUGGGCUACAGAAAGUCAUUUCCCCCCCAACUACUAAGCAGUGCCUUGGUCGAGAUCACUUAGAAAUGUCGGGAGAUAACGAAGAAACUCAUACCGCAGAGGACACAUCGGUGGAGACGGAAGUGCAAGACAACGUGAUCAAUCCAGAGAAAGCAGAGGAAGCUAAACUAAAAGCCAGAUAUCCAAAUCUAGGAAAUAAGCCUGGAGGCUCUGAUUUGCUCCGCAAGCGCUUGCAGAAGGGGCAAAAAUACUUUGACUCUGGCGACUACAACAUGGCCAAAGCGAAGAUAAAGAACAAACAGUUGCCAGCAGCUGCACCAGAGAAGACGGAGAUCACAGGGGACCACAUUCCCACCCCCCAGGACCUGCCCCAAAGGAAACCCUCUUUGGUGGCCAGUAAACUGGCAGGCUGAUCCACAUGCAGAACCUCCAGCCCCAUAAUCCGCUCCACUUGUCUCAGCUGUAACUUUACCUCUCCCUUGCCCUCUUUCCACCAGAACCCACACCUAGCACCACACUGAACCAGCUGUCUGAUUGCUUCAAAGGAUGUUCACUUUAGUUUCAGCCUCAUCAAUGUCCUCUGUCUGCCCCAACCACUCACCCCAACUGACUCUUACUUUUCUUUUCUUCAUAUUUUCUAUCUGUAAGGUGCAGCACGUGGAUGAUGAAUGGUCUGUGUCUGAACAGUAAACAAGACUUUACUGGUGAAGGAUGGGGGGUGAACAGCAGAAACUACAACCCGGUGGUUUUGAAUUCUUCCGUAUGAAUUUCAGUGUCCUUCAGCUCGAAGCGUGCAUGUGUGUCUGAACGUUUGUACAUAUUUGUCUGGCACGGGCAGGCAUCAGCAUUUUAGGAAGUUUUUCAUCUGAUUUGUGUAUUAUUCACUCUGUGCUUCUUUUAAAUGAGGGGAUAGUUGAGCCAUUGAAAGCACCAGAUCCAGAGACCAAGUUCAGUUUUGAUCCUUUUAUGUCCAUAUUAAAAUAACACUUUUACAGAUCUGCAUGUGUGGAGUCCCAGCUUCAAACUUUACUGUCUUUUAAUUCAAAGAACUGGUAAAUAUUUAAACUUGUGUAAAAAAUAAAGUACAGAAGGGCCUGGUCGAUGGUUCGUUCAAGACGCCUCGAGUCUAUGAGAUGUUUUCCUUUAAACGAUGAAAGCAGAGCUGAAAGUUUGCACCGUAUUCGUGGUGUGCUGUUUCUGCCUCGGCCCAGCGACACAAACUUCGACCGGGGUCACAGUUGUCAUGAAUGAAUCAUCUUGCUCACAGAGGAGUUGAGGGGUGUAAUAAAACCUUAAAGAUAAAUUCCUGUGGGGCACCGACCUUUCAUUUAUUAAAGAAUAUUUACUAGGUCGUGUCAAACUGAAGGGAAGACCUUGUGUAAUUCUAAGUUGAAGUAGUUUUAAUCCUAAAUUUGUUCUCAGCCCUGUGUUGUGCUUCUCAAGGGUCAGUUCUGACGGGAUGUACCUGUGAUGUGGUCGAUCUAAGCCGGCACGACAUCGGUGAGCUGUGCAUGUAUAUGGCUGCCCUGCUGUCACAAUGUGCCAUUUUGUUUUGUAAAUA